AGAUUUUUAUACAAAUAGGUCCUUUUCCAUUUUGUUUUUUAUCUCUUUGGGAUACAAAUCUAAUAAUAAUAUUGCUGGGUCAAAAAAUAUUCCUGGUUUUAUAGCCCUUUCAGCAUAGCUCCAAAUUCUUUACAGAAGGCAUCAAUUCACAACUCCACCAACAAUACAUCAGUUUUUUUUUUCCUUUUUUUUUAAUAUUUUAUUUUAUUUUAUAAUAACUUUAAUAUUGACGGAAUCCAUGCCAGGGUAAUUUUUUUACAACAUUAUCCCUUGCACUUGCUUUUGUUCCGAUUUUUCCCCUCCCUCCCUCCACCCCCUCCCCUAGAUGGCAAGCAGUCCUAUAUAUGUUAGAUAUGUUGCAGACAAUACAUCAGUUUUAAUUUCCCCACAUCCUCUCUAACAUUUAUCAUUUUCCUUUUCUGUCAUAUUAGCCAAUCUGAUAGGUAUGAAAUGAUAACUUAGAGUUAUUUUAAUUAGCAUUUCUCUAAUCAAUAGUGAUUUAAAACACUUUUUCAUAUGACUAUAGGUAGGUCCUAUUUUUUAUCUGAAAACUGAUCACUUUAUUUGUUUAUAUCUUUUGACCAUUUAUCAAUUGGAGAAUGGCUCUUUUUUUUUUUUAUAAAUUUGACUCACUUUCUCUGAGAAAGAAAUGAAGCCUUUAUCACAGAUACUUACUAUAACUUUUUUUCACAGUUAUGAUUGUGACCUUUGUAUUUCCCUCCAUCCUAUUUUUGCUCAUGUUUAUCCAAUUCUUUCUCUCUUCCCUUUUAUUUUGUCCAUCUUUAAAAGUGUUUUGCUUCUGAUUCCCACCUCCUCUAAUCUGCCUUCUCUUCUGUCAUCCCCAGUCCCCUUUAUUUUAUCAUUUUGCUCUCCUCUUUUCUUGCAAAAUAAGAGAUUUCUUGAGCCAAUUCCAGUGAGAGAAAGAUUCAAGUGUUCCCACCUACCUUUUUCAUCUUCCUCUCUUCUGGAAAAGUCCAAAUAUUCUUAAAACACUUAAAGUGAACAUCAUGUUCUUGUAUCUCAUGCUGACACCUAUGAAAAUUUGCAUCUUAUGCAAAAAUAUUUGCAUUUCUACAAAUGUGCUUACAAAUUUCAUAAAUUCCAUUAAAGACCAAGAUUUUCAUAUCAGAGAAGCUUUCAUGUACAGAGUUCUAAUCUUGAUAAAAGUGUUCCUAAAAAAUUAAUUUGAGAUUAUAAGGGAAACAGUAAAACCCAAACACAUGUUCCUUUUUCUUUUUUUUCUAUGGACAAUAGCCAGACUUCAGUUAUUAGCCAUGACAAGCUAUUUCCAUCAGGUUAAUUACUUAUCUUGAGUCUUUUUUAUGAGACAAGAAUGGCUUUGUUUAUUAUCUAGACCUGUUCUAUCAGUUUAGUUUAAUUUAUUGAUAUAUUUUUUUUACUUCCAGGGGUCCUCCAACUUUUUAAAUAGGGGACCAGUUCAUUGUCCCUCAGACUGUUGGAGGGCUGGGCUACAGUAAAAACAAAAACUUUGUUUUGUGGGCCUUUAAAUAAAGAAACUUCUGGGUGAGGGGGAUAAACAUCCUCAGCUGCUACAUCUGGCCCAUGGCCAUAGUUUGAGGACCCCUGACUUAGACUUAUAAACUAUACUUCCUGAAAACAGCUGAGCAAGACUACCUACCUAUUAUAUUACAAUUGAUAGUACAGGAGGCUUUCCUCUUUUUUUUUUUUUUUUUUUAGUUUGCUAAUUAUUAUAGAAUAUGUGCUUCCAUUUUGAUGGCAUAAUGCCCUGUCUUGUCUUUGUUGUCACUUCAGGUUCUUUAUUUGCUUCUCCUAAGCCAGUACAUAUAUAGUUCCUUUGACUAUGUCAUCUUUAUACAAGAGAUAUCAUGAUACAGUGAACCAGAGAGCUAGCUUCCAAAUUAGAAAAGCCUAAAUUCAAAUCUUGCCUUUUACCCAUAUUAGCUAUGUGACCAUGGGCAAGUCAAUUAAUUUCUUGAGGAUGCCAAAGAACUUUGUAAGUUCCUAAAUUUAAGAGGAAUUGUUGAUCUUUUUGGAAAGGCAAUUUUCUCAACACAACCUGCCAACAUCAAUAAAACCAUAGUUCUGAACCAUAUGCCCCCAGCCCCACGCUUUUCUAAAUUCUUCAUAUUUAUCAUUGAUACAGUAAUGUUCUGUUAUAUUCUUAUACAACUAGUCAGCCAUUCCACAAUUACUGGACAUGUACUUGUUUCUAAUUUUCCCACAAAUAAUGCUGAUGUGAAUAUUUUUGUACAUGUGGUGACUUUUCUUUUCAUCAGACCUCCUUGUAGCAUAGUCCCAACAAUGAUAUCCUUGGAUUAAAAAAUUUGGAUAUGUCUUAGAUCUAUUAAAGCAGGAUUAGAAGCCCCCUAAAUCUGUAGAUAUUCAUGAUUCUCUACUUUGUUGUACUGAGAAAUAUUAGAUGUAUAUCUGUAGUCUGAUGAUCUGGCUUAGAAACCUGGCCCUAUUGCUUAUUACCUGUAUAGCCCUAGGGAACUUCUGUGUUUCCUUAUCUAUAAAAAGAGGAGGUUGGGCUUCAUUCCAAUAAAAUCGUAAGAUCAGUUUUCACUUAAUAAUUUCACUUAAUAAACUUUCUAAACUUAUGCUCUCAUUUCAUGGCAGAUAUUGUCUAGAAGUCCAUGAAGGAAAUACACUUGAAAUAAAAACAUACCCAACUGAAAUGAUAAAGGAAAAUUUAGGCUUCUUCUUCUUCUUCUUUUUUUUUUUUUUUUUUUUUGAAGAGCCCUAGCAAAAGAUCAAGUUGCCUUUCAUUUGCUUUGAUAAUGCUUUGAUAAGAUUCCCUCAGCCCUGAGACCUAAAUAACCUAAACUAUCUAAUCAGAGUUUGUAUUUUGGAGAAUUCCAGGCAGGAUUAACUCAUGUCACCUGAUUCUUGUAAGCACUGCCUAAGAAUAGUGGAGCAAAGUCAUAAAAAUUUGGUGUAUUUGCUCAUGUCUGUGGAUUAAAAUCGACCAAUUGCUUCGAAAUAUCAUAUUGCUCAACAAGGCUUUUAUGCUGUGAAAUGCCUGGAAGAAAGGAAACCUCCAAAUACCACAGUUUUAAUCAGCUGGACACUUUAAUGACUAGGGUAACUCUUGCCCAGGCAAUCAGACGCAUAAUUAUAUUUCAGAUGCGAGAAAGGUCUCAUCAAACAGGGAAGACGUGUUCAUGGUACACGGAUUGAAAAUGAGCAAUUAGAGAUCCCAGUAGGCAACAGAUACUCUGACAGGCAGAGCGAUGAGGCAGGGAAGGCCCGUUGUCUUAUCAUAUAAAUCACACUUAUAAAUAUAUUUACUUCUGAGAGCAACACAAGCCCUGGGUGGGGACGGCGAAUCAGAACCCAGCCUAGCCUUAAGUCUUUCGAGGCCCUCCGGAAUGCUCUUUUGUGCGCUUCUCCUCCGGCUAGCUAGUCUGUUGUGCACACUUGAGUGUCUCUCUCCCGGCGGUGGAAGGGAUGAGCAUUGCAAGGUGGUUCCCAUCAGUUAGCAGCAGGGGCAGCGGCGGUGGCGGCGGGGAGAGGCUGCGGGUGGCUUGGAGGGUGAUGAAAUUGGUAAAUGCCCAGUUAUUGUGCGCCUAUUGAUCCGCCCCGCUGGAAGGCUCUCAGUGGCUAAGUGACCCUCCCUGCCGCCCCCAGUCGGAGUCCAGUAUGCAGCCAGCUCUAGCUGGAGGCUCCCUCCUCCUCUUCCUCUUCCUCCCGCUCCUGAAUUCCUGAAGUUACACGGAGAGAUAAGGGAGCCCAUGGAAGCCCGAGCAGCCGCGGCGGCGGCGGACAGCAGACGGCGGCAGGCGCCACUCACUGGUGACAGCCUCACGGCUCCUGGGGCUCCCAGGCUGAUGAUCGCACGCUGAACGGAGCGGGUGCGCUGGGUGCCGCGAGCUGCCUGCCGCGAUGGGCCAGUGCUGCUGCAAGCUUUACUACUGCCUUCAGUGCCUGGACAAGACGAAUGAAAGUGCCCUUGUGAAAGAAAAAGAGCUGUCAAUCGAACUUGCAAACAUCAGGGAUGAAGUUGCCUUCAAUACAGCCAAAUGUGAGAAAUUACAAAAAGAGAAAGAGGACCUGGAGAGAAGGUUUGAGGACGAGGUAAAGAGACUUCGUUGGCAGCAGCAGGCUGAGCUUCAGGACCUGGAGGAAAGGUUGCAGCAGCAGUAUGUGGGAGAGGUGAAACGCCUGCAGGAGGAACACCGGAUGCAGCUAGCCAGGCUGAAGUGUCAGCACCAGGAGCAGGUAGAAGAUAUCUCGGCUACCCACGAGGCUACCUUGUUAGAGAUGGAAAACAACCACUCUGUUGCCAUUGCCGUCCUGCAAGAUGACCAUGAACACAAAGUUCAAGAACUGAUGUCUGCCCAUGAGCUUGAAAAGAAGGAAUUGGAAGACAGUUUUGAAAAACUGCGGCUGUCACUGCAGGACCAGGUGGACACACUCACCUUCCAGAGCCACUCUCUCCGGGACCGAGCCAAGCGGUUUGAGGAGGCUUUGAGAAGAAACACGGAGGAGCAGCUGGAGGUUGCACUAGCUCCCUACCAGCACUUGGAAGAAGACAUGAACAGUCUGAAGCAAGUAUUGGAGAUGAAGAAUCAGCAGAUCCAUCAACAGGAAAAGAAGAUCAUAGAGCUGGAAAAGCUGGCUGAAAAGAAUAUUAUCCUGGAAGAAAAAAUCCAAGUGCUCCAACAGCAAAAUGAAGACCUCAAAGCAAGAAUUGACCAGAACACUGUGGUCACAAGACAGUUAUCUGAGGAAAAUGCUAACCUUCAGGAGUAUGUGGAAAAAGAAACAAAGGAGAAGAAGAGGCUAAGUAGAACCAAUGAGGAGCUGCUUUGGAAACUCCAAACUGGGGACCCCACCAGCCCCAUUAAACUCUCCCCCACGUCCCCCAUUUAUCGCUCUUCCUCGGGUCCUCCAUCGCCAGCCAAGAUGAGCACAGCUCCAAGAUGACAGCGCCACUCCAUGCAGUCUCCAGAUGCCCCCCAGCUUCUCGGAUCCCUGAGGGUUUUCAUCCUAAAGAGAGUGUUAGUGAGAAUAGGGGAUACCUGAGGCCUGCUGCUGCCUGCAUGCUUGGUAGCAGCCUUCCUGUGUCCUAGACGGCGGGCUCUUCUCCUCCCAGUGUACGAAGUUUUUGGUCUUGGCGCUCCCGUGUCCUCAAAAAGUAUAACCCUGGUAGUCUGGCGUGCAAACUUUUUAUUUUUAUUUUUUAUUUUUACUAUAGUUAGAGCCAAAAGACAAAAAGCUCUGGUGACUGAUUGUCCUUCUAAGGUGAACUUUCACUGCAAUAUUUCAGGUUAGUUACAAACAGUUUGAUUUGGAAUUGACCCUCGUGUUAUGUACCACACCAAGACAUGUAUAUCUCUAGACAUGUAUACGGAUAUCCUUGCAGCUGUUCUGAAUUGCAUUUUUUUAUAACGCUGUGCUGAUAUAUUUUAAUGAUAGUCAGCAGUUUUCUAACUUGUGCCUAAGAAUUAUAACUAAAUUAGAUGCAUUUCUGUCUAGCCUCCCAGGAAUAUUUCUACCCAAAAGAGAAAAAGAAAAAAAAAAAAAAAAACAAGAAAAAAAGCGCCUUCAGCCAACCACCAAGUGGUAAUCCUAUUUAACAUGAACACCAGCGAUUUGUGAUAUGGUAACUGCCUUCACAACAAUCAGCUUCUUAUUCCACUUGUUAUGAGGUCACUAUUAUUCCAUUUGCAGAUUUUAAUUAUUAGUAUCCUUGCUGUGAGUUGAUGAGGGACAGCAGCAAGAAACCCUGAAGGGUUGCAGCGGUUUCUCAGAUGUUUUUCAUGACAGUGACUCAUAUGUAUUCUCCUAAACACAAGUCUUUGCUUUGUUCCCUAAAUGACAUUUCAGAAGCAAUUGGCAAGCUAGAAUGCAUUCGGAGAAACGUAGUGGUCCUUCCAGAGUGAAGAUGAGAGAGACUGCCGCUGGGACCAAGGCGGUUUGGGUCCCUUCUCAGAAAGCUUCUCCCAGAAUCGGCAUCUCCUUUAGAGCAAAGUGCACAGGCUGGCCCCGGCCUUUUGAUUUGAUUUGUUCCAGCUUCUCACAAUCUUCUGGACAGAUGCUUGAAAAUGGAUCGACUACAUAAAGCUACAUUAGCCCCCCACCCCACAGUAAAGGCCAUUACCCUAAUUACCCCCUAUCUGGACUACUGGUGGGGAAGGGGAUGUCAGCAACUCCUGAGAACUGGCCAGCCCGGAUCGAUCACGCCCUGAGCUCUGCUAGAGCAUCAUGUGGGACUCAGAUACACCUGCGGAGUAGUUGGGGAGGGGGGUCCUCAUGUUGGCCUGGCCAGUUCUCCAGAGGAAACCACAAAGUCAGCGACUUCCCUUCUCUGUUGUCUGCCCAAGUGGGCCCGGGUGGGCUGCCUGCCGGCCUGGCGCUCGGGUCUAGAACAACAAAAUAGAACGUGAAAAGUGUUCUGUGGUGUUGUGGCAGUUUAGAAGCAUGGCUCACAAAAGGGGAGAAACGUCGAUUUGAAAGCUGUAAUAAUGAUGAUGAUGACGGUGGUAAUGAUGCUAUUAUUUUGUGUUUGUGGCAAGGGCCCGGGUGUCCCCUCCCUGCGCAACCCCCCCAGUGCCCGCAGCAGGCGGGCUCAGAGAAUGGGGAGGGGGGAGAGCGCAGGGCGGCCCGCGGGCCCAUGCAGACCGGGCCCACGCAGGCAGGCAGGGCCCCGGUGGCGCGGCAAGCUUCCAGCAGACCUCCGAGGGUCUCUUACCCACUCCAGAACAUGAACAUUAGGUUAAGGUUUAAGCAACAUUUACUUUUCUUUUAGUGGCUUUGCAUGAUGCUGUGAUAUUGAGUAUGUUGGGCGUUGUUAGAAUAGAUCAUGACCUAUUGACUAAGAGUUUGAAACACAAGACUAGAUGUAAUUUCCGUAGCAAGUACGAACGCAGGUACCACGUGCACAGCCCCUAAGACGACAACUUCCACUUUGCACUUGCUAAAUGCAGCUUCCCCGGCAAUCCAUAUUUCAGUGUUAUGUUAGGUUCCGUGAUGAUGCGGUGUUAGAAUGUCCAGAGUGGUAGCCACGUUAGAACAGAAUCCCCUCCUGGACCCCCUAGACCGACCGUGGCCAGCUGAGUGAGCCAGAUAUAGCCCCGGCUUUGUCGGGCUCGAGCAUCUCCCUUUCCAGUCAUGGUGCUUCAUCCUCCCUUGGCUGAAAGACGUGUGAGCGACAGCUGCUCCCCUCCUAGCCCGCAGAGAACUCAGGCUUUCCUGAAAAUGAUUCUCUUCUCUUUUCCUCUCCUCUAGCCAGAACUCUAUAGUGUUGUCAUGGGCAAGGCAGCUUGGCUCACGGUCUCCCUGUUAUCUCUGAAAUAUUCAACAGAACAUCCUUCUCCAUCAUUCCUCCAACCAGGUCCAUUUCUGACUACUAUGGGCCCCUUUGGGAGACUGAGACUGUGCAGGAGUUUGACUCCAAGAAGUGUGCCGAGGGGCCUUUGUGGGACUUAAAGUGAAUUGAAACUGUCCUGUGGGGAUAUUUGAAUAUCGUGGAGAUAAUGAGACCCUUCCCCUAUCCUAGGUUUUAUAAAACUAAUCAUGAGAAAGCAUUUUAGAAAUAAGGAAGGAGCUAUUUUUGCAUGGGAACUCUGGCUGUUUCUGCCAAAUUAUUUCCCCACUUAGCCCCCUGAAAUCUCUUAGUCUUCAUUCCCAUCACGAUCAUGGGCUCUUCUGUGCACCCCUGGUGCUCCUCUUGAGAGCAGUUGUUCUGCUUGGGGACACGGGUGAUGGGCCGUGUCUGUGGUCAGUAAGUGAGAGAAAUUGUGAAUCAGUAGAAAAGGAGCAGGAGAUUGAUGACAGAUUUCUGCCUUCAUAUGUUUUUAACACCACUUGUUUUCAAAUCCAACCUCAUUGGGACCACCCCCAUCAGCACAUGUCCCUUGAUUCAUUCAGAGUGGAAUCUGCCUUUGGAGGAGGAAGGCUUCCAGUCGUAAGGCCAAGCAGGGGGCCGGCUUACUGACAGCUGUCCGCUUUCUCUGGCAAAGGGAGCACGGUGGUGGUCAAAGUACCACAACUCCUAAUAACUGGUCACGGAGCCCAUUCCUCCCCAAGAGCUUAGUGAGAGCUAAAGUGUAACUACCAUUUUAUGAGCCAAAUGUCAGAAUAGUUUUUUCUUUCAGGGAAAAAAAUAAAACCUUAAACACAUGCAAGGCCAGAGACUUAAUUCCUCCUGAGAUUUACUGCAGGAACAUCAUCAGUGAACCAAGUGCUUCAUCUCUAUUUCUUCUUAGCUCCUAAAGUAAGGUUCCGCCUUUGGCAACCAGAUCCUUUGGUUUGACCAUCCCCAAAAUUGUACAGAAUGGAGGAAAAGCUACCCAAUGCCAGCAGAUUUGCCCAAGUUUUAUAGUUACUCUUGAAGGAUUUUCCCUUUUUGUUUUUGCAGGAAUGUGAGUCUAUAGGAGAUAACUUUUAUAUUACCUUUAGGGAAAACUUGUUUCCUUUAGACAGGUUUGGUAAGAGAGUUGACUCUUCAGGACUUAUUAAGUGAUCCCAUUGGUCAGUAGCAUCUCCUGGAUUCCCAAUGGCUUUUCUGUCCCUCUCAUUUGUUGACAUAAAAAGAACUUUGUUUUAGAGAGCAUUAUAAUCAGGAUCACAUUUGUUUGUAUAGUUAAACACUGGAUUAUCCUCAGUGGUAAAUUUUGCUUUCAGUUUGAUUGAUAUUUAGUUAAUGACUUGCUCUAAAAACAUACCUAGGCACUUUAUUGAUCAACAGCCAUUCUAAUUGCUUUCUUUUUGGAAGUCCUCUUGGAAGCUCACAAAUUCAUCUUCCCUUAAGUUGGCAACAUACAUUUGUUCCAAAGAGGGCACGGUCACCCUCCAGAUGGAGAGCGUUUACCUAGGAAUCGAAAACAAUUUAGACAAGUAAACAGCUUCCCAGCUGCUGCUGCUUCACAUCUCUAAUGUUCCGUUAUUUCCAUGGAAGUCACUUCUCAAAACAUAUUACAGUAUUGCUCUAAACAGCACAUGUGCCCAAACGUUCCCAAGCUGGGGACCAUCCCGUGCUUCCGAUCUUCGUCACUUGUCUUCCUUAACGAAAAGUUGACUCCACUGCCCAAAAGAGUAGGAGAGGUGACCCCUCAGAAGUUUUUAAACCCAACCGUAGCCCCUUCUUAGCUUUUUCUUCCCUCCUCGUGUCACGUUAGAUCUGAAGGAGCACCAAGGUAGAUCCCGGAGGUAGGGGGCAACUUGCCCCAUCCAUCACACAGCCCGACGUUGGCUCUCCCCAUCACUCGGGUGUUUGCUAUCCUGCAGGACUGGUCCCCGGGACUUCUUUGCAAUUCUCAGAGCUCCUGGGGGUUAUGCCCCAGCUUGCCACUACCUUGCUUUCCUGAGGUACAAACUACAGGCCGUCCCAGACAGUCAUACGAAGGGAAUCAAAUCCGUCGGGCAUAUGCUUAAUAUUUUCGUUUUAUUUAAAUGUGUGUUGACUGUCGGCCUACAUGGACUGUCCCCCUGGUCUUUGUUUAGCGCCUCCUGUGUUUUCAAUACUUUUAGGAAGGGAAACUACAAAUACCUCCCGGAUGCUAUGGGAAAAUACUCCUUUCCCCCGUUAUAAAAGAAGCUCACCACUCCCCUCCGCCAAGUCCUGAGUCCGGUGGAUUAGACAGGGGCCAGUAAGAGGCGAGGAAGGAUUCCCGGUUAACGUUCGGGGCACGCAGGCUCCCUCGGCCUGUGACCUGGACUACUUGGAUACCGGGCCUUAUCCGGGUCGGAACCGAGUAGACCUCAUCGAUGUGCCCUCGGAAUGCUGCUGAGCCAGCAAUGGCCGGGAACGUCCCCAGCCCGAGCCUGCGGGCAGAACACGGCCUGGGGCACCUCGGGGUCCGCGGUCAGGCCUGGGGGGGCCACAGAGCUCCGAGCAGCUCGGGGCGUUUCACACGCAGCUGUUCGGCUCCUCCAGCGUGUCCUCCAGCGAUGGUCGGGUGCGGGUUGUGAAUUGUAAAUGCCCUCCUCUUCCCCCGAGACUUUCAGGCUGCCUAGGAAGGGAAGGGUCACGGCCCGCCUAGGCCACAGGGUGGCACUGUUGUCUCCAGGACUGUAACCACAUCCAUCCAAAGUAUUCUUGGGGGUCAGGGCCCCAGCACUCCACCAGCCCACUCCCCAACUGCCGUCUUCCACAGAAAGAAUCAGCGGGGGCCUGGCCAUUCUUGCUCCUUUUUGACUUGCUAAUCAAAUCCCCCGCUGGGCUGCAGGAUGCUGCGGACAAGCGAGCCCCCUGCUCCCCCCUUUUUUUGUAGAUGAGUUUUAAGUAAAAAUAGUUCCUGCCUUUCACACCAAGCUCACCGGUGACCCAACGCGGCAUCUGGUGUGUAGAAAUGAUCAGUUCCACUUGGGGGAGGGGAGGGAGGUGGGGGGGGGGAAGAAACAUGAAAAUCAGGUAUUUGAUGUCUCUGCACUGAAUGCAUUUGUGUCCUGUGGACGCAUUGCACAUCCCUAAAAUGGGUUGGGGGUUUUCUUCCACACCGUCCGAGUUACUCAGUCUGAUUAAUAUGGGGUGGACAAAUCACAUGAAGAGUUUGUAUUGAGUCCUGAUGUACAGAUAAGUGUAAUAUAUUCCUGAUAAUAAACACAUGCUCCAAUGCCACCGGGAUGGAAACAUGCAA